AACAAAGUCUGCUAUUCAAACACUCUCAAAAAUCUUCCCAAAUACAUUGAUAACUGAAAUAGGUCUAUAAUUGAAUAUAUUGUCUUUACUUCCAGAUUUAAAUGUAGGUGUCUUUAUGCUUUCUUUAAAUUGGCGAGGAAUUGCUGAGGAUUUGAAACUGAGGUUGAUAAUAUCACAAACUAUUUGCUGUAACUCUAUGUUAUCUUCUGGAGCUAGAACAUAGAGUGAGCAAUGUUGACGACAUGAUGAUCUGAUAUAUCAAAAAUUGAGUUCUGAUCAAUCCGACUUGUUAUUUGCUCACCUAUAUCAACAAAAUAUUUAUUAAAAACACAGGCUAUAUCACCAUGACUUACUGAUAUUUUCAAACUAGCAAAGUUAUCCCCCCUCUUUAAAAAAGGCGAUUCGACGAUCUUUCAAUGAGACACUUAUUUCACUUAUGCCUCUACUUGCUAAAGUACUUGAGAUUCUUUCGAAAGAUCAGUUGAUU